AAUGAAUUUUUUUAAGCUGACUUUGCUUCCCUCGAAAUCAAACUGAUCUUAUGCUCAGUUUCAAUGAUGUCGAUAUAAAUAUCAAAUUUAAAGAUGGUUCGGUUUGAUUGGAGUUGAAGAACAGUUGCAAGUGAUAUCGAAAUAUUUUAGUUCUGUUCAAAAAUUGAAAAGUGAUAUGUGGGUAGGUAUUUUGUUUACAAUUCCACCAUUUCUUAUCCCGAAUUCUGAUAGUUUGAAAUCUACUUGAAAAAGUCAUUUUAUUUUAACUAUCAACAUCAUACAAAGAUUCCAUUCAAAAAUACUGCGUUCCGUAGUAAAUGCUCCUUGGUAUGUAAGAAAUAAAACUACAAAGUGCCAUACAUAAGUGAAGAAAUGAAAAUUGUUGCCACCAACUUCCAAAGGGGAACAAAGGGCUAUACAAACGACCAUAUUGAAAAUCUAUACAGGUAUACAGCCAAACAAUCUAAGGGUGAGAAAAAAGCCAGGAAAAUGAUGUCCAAGUUGGGAUUAAAACCAGUGCAAGGAGUAAGUAGAGUAACAAUCCGGAAAUCCGAAAAUGUCCUAUUCGUAAUAACCAAGCCAGAUGUCUACAAAAAUCCUGUUAGUGAUAUUUAUAUUGUAUUUGGUGAGGCUAAGAUUGAAGAUUCGUCACAACAACAGCAAAUUGCUGCUGCUGAGAAGUUCAAAGAAGUUAAUUCUGCUGGUGAAGAAGCUACAGGAAAUCCUACUACUUCAGUAGCUCCCAUAGCUGAAGAAUCAGAAGACGAAGAAGUUGACGAGACAGGAGUUGAAGAUAAAGAUGCUGAAUUAGUCAUGUCUCAAGCUAGUGUUAGCAGGGCGCGGGCUAUAAAAGCCCUCAAAAAUAAUCAGAACGACAUAGUGAAUGCGAAAAAAACGCUAAGUUCUUGUGAUUAGGCUUUUAUUAACAAAUGAAUAUAGUAUGGGAAAAUGAACGAAGAAAUUGGUAGAGAGAAAUCAUAAGAACUUUCCAUGCAAUUUUUUCAAUACUGUUUCAUUCUGAUCUGAUCGGAGGCCGAAGGAUAAAUGGGGGUGUAUGGAAAUGAAAAUAGAAAUUCUGCAGUCGGAGAAAAUUUUUAUUGGAAUAGGCUCAGGGAUCUUGCACAGUGAAAUGGUUGUUUCAGUAGCUAGAAGAAACCAAAUCUACACAAUAUUAACCAACGAACUUAGUUAAGAUGAUAGUUUUAAUGAGUACCCUAUAAGAGUUUAUUUGUCGAAUAUGAACAUAAAUCGAAUGUCGAUGGCGACUCGAUACGUCGCGUCGAAACAGAAUUGUGAUUGGUUGGAACCGUAGAUAGAGGUUUUAAGAGAAAGUAGAAGCAAAGAGUAUCAACUAGAGGUUUCACUUUGCCUAUUCACAAGGGAACAUUGAAUGCAUGGAAUGUUAACCUUGAAGUGGGGAGACGGUACGCGCUAGCAAUACUGCGCCCAGAUUCACUGCAGUCAAACGAGAAUCUGGGCGACCAAUCAGAUUGGGACUUGCGAACAGAACGAACAUCUGCUUUCGGUUUCGUCCCUUCCACUAAACCAGAGAACAUUCAAGGGCAUUGAAACGGAACCGGCCAAAAUGAUAGAGUGAAUCCUCUUGUAGAUACUCUUUGGUAGAAGUUAGUAAUGUACGUAAUGUAUUGAAGAAGUCUUGGUUGUAGUAUAAAACGAGGUGUAAUAAACUUAGAAAACGU